GAGAAGGAGGAGGAGGAGGAGGAGGAGGCGGCGGGCAGCGGCCCCGCAGGAGAUCUGUGCAACUGCAGCUCUGUGGGCAGUGUUGGAGUGUCCGAAUGCAACCGCACGACGGGGCAGUGCCGGUGCCUCGCCGGGUACGCGGGGCUGCACUGCGAGAGCUGUGCUCAUGGAUUCUACCUGGAGCAGGACACCCAGAGGUGCCAGCCCUGUGCCUGCAGCCCCACCGGCUCCAGCAGUGCCCAGUGUGACCACUCUGGGAAGUGCCAGUGUAAGGUGGGUGUCACGGCCCUGAAGUGUGACCAGUGCAGUGACGGAUAUUACAGGUUUAAUGAAACCACGUGUGAGCCCUGUCAGUGCAACAACCACUCCCAGACCUGCAACAGCUCAACAGGCACCUGCCUGAACUGCCAGGAGAACACCGAGGGGGACCACUGUGAGCUCUGCAAGGAGGGUUUCUACCGCAGUGGCCAUCCUGCCCACGCCUGCCAGCGCUGCCCCUGCUCCACCGUGGCAUCCACCGGCACCUGCCGCUUACAGCCUGGCGAGACCGUGCCGAGGUGUGACCGGUGUAGAACGGGCUACACGGGCCUCAACUGCAACCAGUGUGACAAGGGCUACUACAACUCCGACAGCAUCUGCGUGAGCUGCAAGUGCAACGGGAACGUGGACCCGGCGCGUUCCCCCAGCGUGUGCCGGCCCGACAGCGGGGAGUGCAUCGGCUGCCUCUACCACACCGCCGGCUUCCACUGCGAGCGCUGCGAGGAGGGCUACACCAGGGACCCCGAGGGCAGCAACUGCACCAGGAAAGAAGCCACUCUUGGCCCAGAAACAAGGGAGUUUACAACUUCUGCUCCAAACACCACCAAGACAACAUCACUUUCCACGGCAGUGCUGAACAGUACGUUGUCCCCAACAACUCUACAGACGAUAUUUCCCGUCAGCUCCUCUGACAACAGCACCUCUGCCUUCGCAGACGUGUCGUGGACUCAGUUCAACAUCAUUAUCCUGACGGUGAUCAUCAUCGUGGUGGUCCUGCUGAUGGGCUUCGUGGGCGCCGUCUACAUGUACCGUGAGUAUCAGAACCGAAAACUGAACGCUCCUUUUUGGACCAUUGAGCUCAAGGAGGACAACAUCAGCUUCAGCAGCUACCACGACAGCAUUCCCAACGCUGACGUGUCGGGGCUGCUGGAGGACGACGGGAAUGAAGUGGCGCCGAACGGACAGCUAACGCUGACGACUCCCAUGCAUAAUUAUAAAGCUUAGGAGCGAUCCAGCUGUUCCAAAGUUGGCUUCAAAAAGCUACAGGGCUUGUGGAAGGGGUAUCAGGAUCCGUGCCAAGGCUCCACGCAGAGGAAUUUGCUCUUCAGAUACUCUAAUGCUGGGCGUGCUGUAGCUUGCAGGUGAACAGAAGGCAGUGUAGUACAUCCGAAUUCCAGGUAAUGUGGUGAAAUGCAUUCAGUGUCCUGUUCUCCAUAAAGAUCCAUAGAAUUCACUGUUGUUAAACGCUUGAUUGUGCUGAUCUGAAACAUUUUGUUAUGAAGAGGUGGUGGGGUGGACAGAGCAGAACCCCCGUGAGGAAUCAGAAGCUACUUCGUUUCCAGCCAACCCAACACUUAUGUCUGCAUCCUUUAGUUUGAGAAGUAGCUCAUGAAGUAACAGUGGAAUUUCAGGAAACAAACCUUUUAGAAAGGCAUCAUUUUAGUUCCUGAGAGAAAUUUGUUUGAAAGGAGGACAAAAAAAAGGGAAAUAAUUGUUCACUGUGCUACCAAAAGGCAAGUAGAGGAGUGAGUUGCACACUUGAAAAAAAGUCACCAUUAUCUGUUUCCACUAAGCAGGGAAACAGGAUAAAAAUCAUGAGAACAUUUAAAUUAGGGAAGAGACUAAGCUUUUCCCUUUCUGAGUAUUUAUACAGGGUGAUGAUGCUAUUAAAGCAUAGCAAUCCAGUUUUUUCUAGAAGGAGUUAAUGAACUUGUAUAGUUUCUGUGCAAGGGAAGACGACAAGACAUCUCAGGGUUGCCGUGUAAAAAUAAAAGCCAGGCUUAAUACCCUACCCUGAUAGAAAUGGUGUGUUCUGUAUAUAAAAUGUAAUAUAUCUUCUUGGAAUUGUAUUUGUAAUUAUUUGUAAAAAAGACAACCAACCAACCAAAAAGAAACCCCAACAACGUAACCAUGAACCCCUUCCCAACCUCCCCUACUCCCCAGGUCAUGUUUUAUCCUCUAGAUUUUAAUUGUACAGCGGUUAGUGGCGUU